UUUAUUUACAAAAUUUACAUAAAAAGUAUAAGCUAACAAUAAUUAUAGAUGCAAAGAUUCAACAAAACAUGUGAAAAAUCUGGUAAAAAAAAUGGCAUAAUGAAAGACUCAACAUUUUCACACAAAACAUCUGUGACUAACGGAUCGAGAAAGAAAAUAAGAACCAGCAUCCUGUAUAUUUAAAAGUAUGAGCGAAUCCAAACAACUUUUGUUUUCUUGAUAUUUUUUAUAGGUUCUGAAGUUCUAAGAUGCCAUCUCAUAAUAAACAGGCCACCCGAUAGAAUAGCUCGUGAAUUAUUACCCUGUAGAUAUACAAAAUUAGUUUCUAAAAGCUCCACUCUUCCGCACUCUUCAAUGAUUUAUUGACACUCGAAGGAUGCAUGUCCGUGCAGUAAAAAACUUUGGAUUGGGAUUUACCACCCAGACCGGUAGAUAACUUUUAACUUUGCAGAAAUACUCAACGCAUCUAUCUAAAUUGAAACAAGGUUUUGCCGUACCUUUUUAACCAAAAGCUUUGAAUAUGAAAUUCUAACCAAAAUCAUUUCUGAGUUGUGACAAAGUUAUUUGAUUUCAUUUCUUCUUUUAAGCGAAUGUAAUGGUUUUUAUCAUUAGCUUUGACGUCGACGAAUACCAACUAAUUCGCAAUUUUCCAAUUAAAAUAAGAAUUAAUGGUCUGAAAACUUGCUGCUUUAGAAUAUGAUUAGUGCUGAAGUUUUCCAUAUUACGCAGCGAGAAAUAAUUUCUUGGCACUGCUAAUGUGGUGAUGAACACAGCAGUGCACAAAAAAACCUUUUGGCCAGUCAAGUUUUUAAUUUUAUGCAGUAUCCCCAUCUACCUACAUGACAUUAUCACCUUUGCUAAAUUCAGGAAGCUUAAACAAAUUUAUUACAAAAAAAAAUACAAAUUGAAUAAUUUCUGUCACAUAAUUAUUUCAAGCAGUUAAACGAUGAAACUCGGUACCCCAGGCAACCCAUUAUACAUGUAGUUCCGCCUAUACGAAUAUUUGAAUUACCAUUACACCAUCAAACGUAGGUUUUCCACAAAGGAAAAAGCAAUAAAUUAUAGAUUCCUUAUUCAAGCAACAAGAGCGCAGUAAAUUCUCCGCAGGUAUAUGUGCAACAAGUAGAAGAGUAAAGCUUAGGUAAAAAGAUAUUGAGAAGUAUUAUAACACCGAAUACAGCUAAUGUUUGAAGGGCGGAGGCGAUUAUAUUUAGAUAAGAUAACAGCGUCAAAGGAAACGCGAUUAUAUAUUUGUUGCUAAUAUCGCUAUGGUGAAAGAUAGGUUAGGUGACCUACUAAAGGCGCGUGAUCGAAAAGAUGGUGCUGCUGAGGUACAAGUCGAACUCGCCGAACUCAAGGAUGAGUCGUCGUCGAAAAGCAACGAUAUACGAGGUACGUUCGAACGAACUGAAGUUUUGAAACAAUGGAUCGAAAGCGUCGAAGAGAAUAUUUCGGCCAUUAAACAAUACAUUACUAGACUGGAUAAUCUCAAUUUUAAUCAAAAAGACGUGAACACUAAAAUAGAGUCACUUUUUCAAAACAACACCAGCAUCUCCCAACAGAUUACGACGAAGCUGAAGGAAUUUGACGAAGAUUUAAAACUAACAAACGGAUCUUCAGCCGAAGGAAGGAUAAAAACCAUUCAGUAUAACACCCUAAAAACUAGGUUCCAACAAACUUUCAAUCAAAACACCGUUGAACUAGAAAACUUCAGGAAUGUAAAAAAAGCACAAUUGGACGCUCAGCUCAGAGCGAAAGGGGUCAAAGUUACUGAAGAAGAACUGGUAUUCUUGCUGGAAGAAAAAGCCGAUAUCCAAGUUUUUACCGACAAUAUUUUAGCGGAAACGGCUGAAACGAAACGCAUUCUCCAAGAUUUGGAAGAGAGGCACCAGCAAUUACUCAAAAUUGAAAGGAUGCUAGUGGACGUUAGAGACCUGUUUAUACAAAUGUCGAUUCUCGUAGAUCAUCAACAAGGGCUAGUAGAUCGAAUCGAAUAUCAGGCGCAAGCCGCCCAAGACUUUGUACAACAAGGACGGAAAGAAAUGGCACAAGCAGAAAAGAAAAAGAUUAAAUACUUGAAGAGCAAGAUUAUAUUGAUAGUGGUAGCAGCAGUAUUAACCAUAAUAAUAUUGAUACUUUUGUUUAAAUAAACGGAUACUCUUGGUAUUCAGU